GCUCACCACCCCUGUAACUCCAUUACUAUUUUCCGAUCUCUCUCUCUCUCUCUCUCUCUGAGAUCCUUCCAUGGAUAAUAAACCAAAGUCCGAUCAGGUCGUUCUCUUCAUCGACCACCUCAACGCUAGCCCUCCUUCCGUGGAAACUCACCACAGCAACAAUAACAACGACACCAUCAUCACCAACAGCAAGCCAGAGCUCACUUCUAGAGUUAAGACCUUCAAUCGCCUCAGCUUUUCCAAACCCAAAUCUCGCAUCCAAGAAUAUGACCACCCACUCUACGCUAACUUCACUGUCCCCGAAGAAGCCCAUGACGACGCCGCCCGGUAUUCUUCCACCGACGACGAAUGGGAUGACGACGACGACGAUGAUGAAGAAGAAGAUGAGGUCGGGGAGGACGGCCGCCCCAGGUCACACAAGAAAACCAAACGUCGUCGUCGGAAGAUUCAAUGGAAGCGCGUGCUGGAAUGGGCCUUGUUCCUCAUCAUAUUAACCAGCUUGGUCUCUAGCACCACCAUUGCUUCCAUUAAGACGAAGCAUUUGUGGGGUUUGGAGAUUUGGAAAUGGUGCUUGAUGGGGAUGGUCACGUUCAGUGGAAGGUUAGUCUCCGGCUGGCUCGUGGCCGUCUCCGUGUUCAUCAUAGAACGGAACUUCAUGCUCAGAGAAAAGGUGUUAUACUUCAUCUACGGUCUCAGAAAAAGCAUCAGAAACUGCAUAUGGCUUGGCCUCGUGUUAUUCUCGUACUGGACCGUCGUCUUCGACAACAUCCAGAAAAAAAACCACAAGUUCCUCAACAAGGUGUUCCAGGCUCUGGUGGCCGUCCUCCUCGGAGCCGUAAUCUGGCUCGUGAAGAUCGUCCUGGUGAAACUUCUAGCCUCGUCGUUCCACGUCACGACCUACUUCGACAGAAUGAAAGAGAGCGUGUUCCAUCAUUACAUACUGGACACGCUCUCGGGGCCGCCAUUGGAGGAGAUCGAGGGAACGACGUCGCAGCAUCUGACGGGGUCCAAGUCAAUGCCGGCGAACUGGAAGGAAAGGAACAAGGCGAUGAAGGAGGCAAAGAACUUGUACAAGUCGAAGAAGUUUGGGUCGAGGAAGAUAGAUAUGGAGAAGCUGAGAGAACUAAGUAUGGAGAGCACGGCGUCGGUGUGGAGCGUGAAAAGGCUGGUCAACUACGUGAGGUCGUCAGGGCUGUCCACGAUUUCCCGGACCGUCGACGAUUUCGGGAACUCCGAGUCGGAAAUCUGCAGCGAGUGGGAAGCUAGGAAUUGUGCCCAGAGGAUUUUCAAGAACGUUGCUAAACCUGGUGCCAAGUAUAUUGAAGAGGAGGAUCUCAUGAGAUUUUUGAAGAGAGUUGAGGUUCAUACUAUAUUCCCGCUCUUCGAAGGCGCCCUUGAAACUGGAAAGAUCUCCAGGUCCUCCUUUAGAAAUUGGGUGAUUCGAGCUUACUAUGAAAGAAAGACUCUGGCACAAUCACUGAACGACACCAAAACAGCAGUUCAACAGCUUCACAAACUAGCAAGUUCCAUAGUGAUAGUUGUAACGAUCAUAGUGUUCCUUUUGGUGAUGGAGCUGGCUACCCUCAAAGUAAUACUUUUCUUCAUCACACAAAUAGUUCUGGUUGGGGUUGCCUUCCAAGGCACUUGCAAAACUGUGCUGGAGGCCAUCAUCUUCGUCUUCAUCAUGCACCCUUUUGACAUUGGAGAUCGCUGUGUCAUUGACGAUGUUCACAUGAUUGUGGAGGAGAUGAAUAUCUUGACGACUGUGUUUCUUCGAUACGACAAUGAGAAAAUCUACUACCCCAACGCAGUUUUGCUCAGCAAGCCCAUAAGCAAUUUCUAUAGGAGUCCAGAAAUGUGGGAUUCUGUUGAUUUCGUUAUUGACGUUUCAACACCUAUGGAGACCAUCAUUUCUCUCAAGAAAUCAAUUCAAACGUACAUAGAGAGCAAGCCGAAGUACUGGAAUCCAAAGCACGCGGUGAUAGCGAAAGAGAUAGAGAAUGUGGAUAAGCUGAAACUGUGUCUUUGUGUUCAGCACACGAUCAACCAUCAGAACUAUGGGGAGAGAAACAAUCGGAUGACAGAGCUUUUGUUGGAGCUGAAGAAGAUAUUUGAGGUGCAUGAAGUUAAGUACAAUCUUCUUCCUCAGGAGGUUCACAUCACCAAGAUGAACAGUACCCAAAGUGGGAGGCCUGUGUUGUAAUAAUAAUCACAACAUGCUGCCGCUGCGAAACCAAAACGCUUACCGAUGGCUCAUAAGUUUUAAUUUGGUCUCUGAGAUAUCUUUUGCUCGAUCUGAAUAUUCAAAUUAAGUUCUCUGCUUCGUGACUGUGUGAUAAGUUGCUAAAGUAUAUUCGCAAGUACUGCCUCUAGCCCUUAAUACUAUUGCGUCUU